AUGAACCGCGAACACGCAUUCAGCACCGGGAAACAGACCAACCCUGUUCAAAAUGCAUCUUUCUUCUCGAAACGUAGCUUCUGGUGGCUACGGGAAAUGUUCCACUACGGACAGCGGAAAGAAAUUACGGAGGAAAAGCUGUACACCACGCUUCCCGAGCACAGUAGCCAUGGGUUGGCUGAAACGUUCGAGCGGCUAUGGUCAGAGGAAGAACGGCGUGGCCCAGAAAAGGCGAGUUUUGCUCGUGUUUACUGGAGAGCAUUUGGCAAGGAAACCCUGUUCUGGGGCCUAGUGUUCUCGGCGUUCGAAACAGCUAACCGGGUCGCUCAGCCGCUGUUGCUGGGAGAGCUGGUAUCCUACUUUACGCCAAACCAGGACACCAUCAGCGAACGAGACGCGUACCUGUACGCGAUAGGUGUUAUCGCUUGCUCGCUGUUAUCGGUCAUCUCAUUUCAUCCCUUCAUCUUCUACAUUUUCCAACUCGGUAUGAAGUUUCGCAUAGGCGCAUCGUGCUUAAUUUAUAACAAGGUACUUAAACUCUCUAAAUCGACGACGUCGGGUGAUGGACUUAAUGGAAAAAUCAUCAAUCUGCUCUCGAACGACGUUGGCAAGUUCGAUAUAGCUUUGUGCUUCGUACAUGAUCUCUGGAAGGGCCCAAUGGAAGCUAUCCUGCUUGGUUAUUUCAUUUAUUGUCAAAUUGGCUUCUCGGGCUUGCUCGGAAUGGCGUUCCUGAUGAGUUUUAUCCCACUGCAAGCUUGGGUCGGCAAGAAAACGGCAACCUACCGGAUGAAGGCAGCCAAACGGACCGAUUUGCGUGUACGCUUCAUGAAUGAAAUUAUACAAGGCAUACAGGUGAUCAAAAUGUACACGUGGGAAAGCUCUUUCGCCAAGAUGAUCGAGACGAUCCGGCGGAAAGAGAUACAAGCGAUUCGAGGAGGCGCGUACGUGCGAGCAACGCUCAUAUCGUUUUUUACGGUAUCGCGUGUGUCCAUUUUUAUCAGCCUGCUGUCGUACACGGUCACCGAGAAUGUUAUCACUGCCAAAAAGGUGUUCAUUGUAACGUCGUUCUACAGCAUACUGAACGAUUCCAUGGUACAUUUCUGGCCAAUGGCGAUUACUUUCUGUGCCGAAGGUUACAUCUCGCUCAAACGCAUACGUGAUUUUCUUCUAACGCCCGAAGGAAAAUCUUCGAUCGCUACAAGCACGCAAUCGGUUGGAAAGGGUGGAACGAAAAACACGAAAAAAACGAUGCGUGCUACCAGCGAUAAAGAUGGAGGCACGCAAGACCUAAAAGAAAGCAGCCAGCAAAACGGUAUCAAACCCGCAGUAAAAAGUGAUGAGAUUGAUUCUGAACCUUUGCUGCCGAAACGUCUGGUGCAGACGGUGGAAGGCGAUAGGAAAGGUAUCGUACUCGAUAGCGCCACAGCACGUUGGAUGUGUCCGUCGGCAGUGUCAGGAGCGACUGUAACCGGGAUAGCAUCUGUUAGUUUGACUGUUGAUCCGGGAAGACUGUGUGUUCUGAUAGGUCCCGUUGGAUCCGGGAAGUCUACUUUACUACAGGUGAUUUUAGGAGAGCUUGCCCUGGACGAUGGAAGGGUGGAAAUUUAUGGUACCGUAAGCUAUGCCGCUCAAGAACCUUGGCUGUUUGGAGGAAGUGUGCGGAAUAACAUCCUGUUUACAGAAGAGUACGACGAGCGACGUUAUCUCCGAGUGGUACGCGUAUGCGCUCUCGAGAAAGACUUUGAACUGUUCCCGCACGGUGAUCAAACGAUUGUUGGAGAACGCGGAAUUAGUUUAAGCGGAGGACAAAAAGCACGUGUUAAUCUGGCCCGUGCCAUCUACCGAAAGGCAGACAUCUAUCUACUGGAUGAUCCAUUAUCAGCCGUUGAUACCCACGUGGGCAAGCAUAUCUACGAACUGUGUAUCCGCGAUUUCCUCGCGAACAGUGUAUGUGUUUUGGUUACACAUCAAUUACAGUAUUUAAAAGAUGUUCAGCAGAUAGUUCUGAUGAAUGGUGGGCGAGUGGAAGCAUGCGGAAGCUUUAGAGAACUGAAAAAAUCGAAUAUAGAAUCGAUUAUGGCACUGACGCCUGACGAAUCUCCUCUCGAAAGUCCAAUAGAAAAGGAGCUGAAGAAUCUUCGCCCCAGACGGACUAGUGGAUCUUCGACCGGUUCGCAGCGCGACGACCUAAUGAUGGACCUACUACAGCAAGAAAAGCAGGAAGAAGAAAAAGAAUCUCAAGGUGGUGCCGGUAGCGUGGGGCUAGCCGUGUAUAAAACCUACAUAACGGCGGUCAAUAGUUGUGGCUGGGUAUUUUGGUUGAGCGCACUAAUGGUGCUAUCGCAAAUCGUUGUCAGUGGAGUGGACAUCUUCGUGGCAGAAUGGGUGAAUUGGGAAGAAAAAGUUGCAGGGAUUCCUCCUGAGUUUGAUUUGAAUGAUAAUCAUACGAUCUUGAGUUCUCGUGAUGUGCGCAUUUUGCUCCAGGAGCAAACAAAUGUCAGUAACUUCAUUGAACGUCAGCAGUACAUUUGGAUUUACAGUGGAUUAAUAAUACUGCUGGUAAUCUUAGUUGUGCAACGAUCGUUUUCGUUCUUUUACGUCUGUCUUCGUAUAUCCGUAAAUCUACACGAUCGUCUGUUCCGUGGAUUAACCCGUGCAACUAUGCACUUCUUCAAUACAAACCCUUCCGGACGGAUUCUGAAUCGAUUUUCUAAAGAUAUUGGUUCGAUCGACUCUACGCUGCCGAUGGCCCUGCUAGACUGCGUCAUAUUUUUCCUAGAAAUGAUCGCGGUUGUAGCAGUAGUCUCGAUCGUCAACUAUUGGUUCCUUCUUCCAACGGCGAUUGCGGCUGUGAUAAUGUACUACAUUCGACAGAUGUAUCUAAACACGUCACGGGUGGUAAAGCGCAUCGAAUCUGUCAACCGGUCGCCACUCUUCUCACACACAAAUGCCACACUGCAAGGACUCUCGACGAUACGUGCUUUUGGUGCGGAAGCUGUACUUAGACAUGAGUUUAACGAAUUUCUGGAUGUAAACUCGUCCGCUUGGUACAUGUUUAUCUCGACCAGUCGUGCUUUUGCAUUGUGGCUUGAUCUGCUGUGCGUUUUGUACAUCGGUGUCGUAACGAUAAGCUUUCUCAUCGGUAAUAGUCAUCAAAUGCUCGGUGGAAGCGUUGGACUGGCCAUCACGAAGACGAUUAGCUUGGUCGGUAUGUGUCAGUGGGGAAUGCGGCAAUCGGCAGAAUUGGAAAAUCAGAUGGUUUCAGUGGAGCGAGUGAAUGAGUAUACAAAUCUGCCGUCCGAACCGCCGCUCGAGACGGCACCAAAACACCGACCUCAACGUAACUGGCCCGAGUUUGGUGCGCUACGGUUCAUCAACGUCGAUCUACGCUACAGCGAGGACGGUGAACGUGUACUGAAGGAUCUUAAUUUUACCAUUCGUUCGAAUGAGAAGGUUGGAAUCGUGGGACGAACCGGGGCGGGCAAAUCGUCACUCAUACAGGCACUGUUCCGGUUGGCACCGUUCGAGGGAAACAUCGAGAUCGACGACAUUGAUACGAAAACAUUGGGUUUGCGAGACUUGCGGAACAAAAUAUCGAUCAUACCACAGGAUCCAAUCUUGUUUUCCGGCACACUGCGUAGCAAUUUGGAUCCUUUCGAUCAAUGCAAGGAUGACGAACUGUGGAAUGCGCUAGAUCAGGUUGAACUGAAGGAAGCCGUAUCUUCGCUGGCUGGCGGUUUGGAAUGUCGCAUGUCGGACGGCGGAAGCAAUUUUAGCAUGGGCCAAAGGCAACUGGUUUGUCUAGCAAGAGCGAUUUUGCGUAACAAUAAAAUUCUCGUGUUAGAUGAAGCUACUGCCAAUGUUGACCCGGAAACGGACAAACUUAUUCAAUCUACUAUUCGAACAAAAUUCGCCCACUGCACAGUAUUAACUAUUGCGCAUCGAUUACACACGGUUAUGGACAGCGAUCGGGUAUUGGUGAUGGACGCAGGACGCGUAGUCGAAUUUGGACAUCCGCACGAGCUUCUGCAUGGUCCGAUUGGUUAUCUUCGACGUCUAGUAGAUCAAACCGGUGUAGCUACUGCGGCAAUGUUAAUGCGUACUGCCGAGGACAACUUUAAAAAAUCUAGCGCAAGACAAACGGAAUGUUUUCCCUUCAUUUGCUACGGUUUGCUGGUGAAUUCUCAUGCUCACACCGAAAUGAAUCCGGCCGAGUACGAUCAGCACACAAAAAUACACGAUCUGCGCCGGGAGGCUAACCCGGUCACGAAAGCAGGCCCAGUGUCGUGGUACACUUUCUGGUGGUUGAAGAAUCUGUUUCAGGCGGGACUGAAGCGUCCCAUCGAUGAGACCGAUAUUUACGAGACGCUUUCAAACCAUCAGAGCGCACAGCUGUCCUACCAGUUUGAGGGCUACUGGAAAGCGGAACAGAGAGGCAGCAGCCAGCCCAGUUUUCUGCGUGUCAUUUGCCGAAUCUAUUGGCGAUCGAUACUCGGCUAUGGAUUGCUGUACACCCUUGUUGACUUGCUUGCCAGAAUCCUUCAACCGCAGUGCCUUGGAGGACUGGUGUCCUAUUUCGCUCCUGGCCAGCAGGACAUUGCUAAGGAGGAAGCGUAUUACUAUGCUAUCGGGAUCAUUCUCUGCUCGCUGGUACCGGUAGCUAUCUUCCAUCACUUUAUCCUGUACAUAUUUCAAAUUGGGAUGAAGAUUCGUGUCGCAUGCUGUUCGCUGCUCUACAAAAAGGCUCUGCGUAUAACGAAAGCAGCAGGAACGGACGGCAUGACCGGGCAGGUGAUCAAUUUGAUGUCUAACGAUGUGGCCAAAUUCGACACAGCCACCGGCUUCGUGCAUGACAUCUGGAAAGGGUUAAUUGAGCUGCUGGUGCUGGGAUUCUUCAUUUACAGACAGAUUGGCAUAUCGGGACUGUUUGGCAUUGCAUUUUUGCUCAGUUUCAUUCCGUUACAAGCGUGGCUUGGCAAGAAGGCGGCACUUUAUCGGCUAAAAACGGCCAAUCGAACCGACCGGAGGAUACAGUUUAUGAACGAAAUCAUACAGGGUAUUCAAGUGAUAAAGAUGUACGCCUGGGAGGAUAGCUUCAGCCGCAUGGUGGACCGUAUCCGGCGGAAGGAGGUGAACGGGAUACGCGGAACACUAUUUAUACGCGCCGGUCUGCUAUCGUUCAAUCUCGUUUCACGUGUGGCCAUCUUUCUAAGCUUAGUCGCGUACGUCCUGUACGGAAACGUGUUCACCGCAAAGCGGGUGUUCAUCGUGACCUCCUACUUUAACUGGCUAUACAGCUCGAUGCUACACUUUUGGCCGCUGGCACUGACAUCCGUUCACGAGGGACUGGUGUCGAUAAGGCGAAUACAGAACUUUCUGCUGCUGGACGAGCGAAAGUUUAGACCGGAUCGGCCCCAGAUGCAGACGACUGUGCAUGAAACAGCGGUAGAUGAGAGUGCUUGCGAGCUGCUGCCCGCUGUCAGGAACGGGAACGGGGUGGACACCGUGGCAAACGCAACACCGGAAGGAAACGCCCGAAGCAAUAGCAGAAGUAUGCCUCGCAGCAGGCGCUUCAUUAACAGAAAAGCUGUAACGCGACAAGGAAUUUUUAUGCGCAACGCCACGGCACUCUGGGAAAAGGAUCUGCCAGCUUCCAAUGGUGAAGCUAAUGUACGAGCUAGUGGCAUAAAGCGCGUGACGCUGACGGUGGACAAGACGAUGCCGUGCGUAAUCGUUGGCUCGGUAGGCAGCGGUAAAUCGACCAUGCUGCAGGUUAUCCUCGGUGAGCUCGAGCUGGACGACGGACGGUUAGAAAUCAAUGGGAACCUUAGCUACGCACCGCAGGAACCCUGGCUGUUCGAAGGAACGGUUAAAAACAAUAUCGUCUUCACCGAGGACUACCAGGAAAAACGCUACCGGGAGGUGGUAUCGGUUUGUGCUUUGGAUCGGGAUUUCCAGCUGCUCCCGAGCGGAGAUCAAACGAUCGUUGGCGAGCGGGGCAUUAGCUUGAGUGGUGGGCAACGUGCCCGGAUCAGCCUGGCCAGAGCCAUUUACCGCCGGGCGGACAUUUACCUUCUAGACGACCCAUUAUCCGCGGUGGAUGCCCACGUGGGUAAGCACAUCUUUGAGGAGUGUAUCGUGAAGUACUUAAAGGAAAAAGUUUGCGUGCUGGUAACGCACCAGCUCCAAUACUUAAAGGACAUGAAGCAUGUCGUGCUAAUGAAUAUGGGAAGCGUGGAGCAGCAGGGACCAUUCCGCACGCUGGCAGAAUCGGGACACUUUACUGCUAUGCUGAACGAACCGCAACAUGAAGAUGACGGACGGGAACGGAAACAAAGCAACGACGCAUCGCCGUCUGAUGAUCCGUCUACAUUACCCCCGACGGUGGGACAGCACAACGGCGCUUCAGAGCAAUUUUGCAGCACCCUAGACAGGCAUAACGGCCACCAGCUACGGAAAGUCGAUAGUGUCGCGAACAAUGGGAUUGAAUGCGAUACCGCCGCCAUCAGCAUUGAUAUCAGCAGUAAAACCGAGGCGCAUAGAAUGACGGAAAGAAGACUCUCCAUUCAUCCAACACCGGCCCAACAUCAGCCAGCGCAUCAACAGCAUCAGUCCAUUUACCAACCGUCCCCAUUUUCCUCGAGCAGUAUGGUGUUUGAUGGGUACGAUGACCGCGAGGAGCGUCGUGGUGCGAAGAAAAGAUCAAACCCAUCCGAAGACGUUCCAUCGAAGAACGGUCCGAAUCACCUCCAUAAAGAAUCACAACUAACCGGACGUAUCGGGUGGCGAGUGUACAAGAGCUUCUUCGUAGCGGUGGAAAGCAACCUUCUGCUGGUGUUGGCCGUUGUCCUGUUUCUAUUGGCCCAGGCCAGCAUGAGUGGUAUCGAUUACUACAUCUCCCAGUGGGUAAACUGGGAAGAGUACUCAAGCGCUCUUGAGCGGUUGAAAGGCAAUCGAACUGAGAUGGUUACGGCGGACCGCAACAUUAGUGACGACCAUGACGUUAUUCUUCCGAUUCCGCCUAAGCUGGAAGGAAGCAUCUUCACGCGAUUGUCCCGCCACCAGUACAUACUGAUAUAUGCGAUUGCGAUGCUGUUUAUGUUUGUGCUGUCCUUGAGCCGAUCCUUUCUGUUCUUCUACAUUUGUCUGCGUGCCACGAUACGAUUGCAUGAUCGCCUUUUCCGCGGCAUUACCCGUGCCACAAUGUACUUCUUCAACACAAACCCAUCCGGGCGGAUACUGAACCGAUUUUCACGCGACAUUGGUUGCAUCGAUACCUUUCUUCCGUUUGCGAUGAUGGACUGCAUUCUGUUCUUUGUCGAGUUUACCGCGAUCAUCGUGCUGGUAGCGGUGGUGAACUACUGGCUUUUGGCUCCAACACUGGUCAUGGCCAUAAUUUUCUACUUCUUGCGUCAUAUCUACACCAACACUGCCCGUAGCAUCAAGCGCGUCGAGGCAUCGACGAGGAGCCCUAUAUUCUCCCAUGCGAAUGCGUCCUUUCAGGGCCUCAGUACCAUCCGUGCAUUUGGGGUAGAAAAAAUUCUGGCAGACGAGUUCGAUAAGCAUCAAGAUUUGAACACCUCGGCGUGGUAUCUCUUUCUGGCGACAACACGCGCAUUCGCCCAAUGGUUGGAGCUGGUGUGUGUUCUGUACAUCGCCGUGGUAACUUUAAGUUUUUUGAUGGUGGAAAACUCAAUGAGUGGCAAUGUGGGGUUGGCUAUCACACAAGUGUUUAACCUGAUCUUCAUGUGCCAAUGGGGAAUGCGGCAAACGGCGGAAUUAGAAAAUCAAAUGACAUCCGUCGAGCGUGUCGUAGAGUAUGCCGAGGUCGAACCCGAAGCAUCGCUAGUGUCAAUCGGAAAACACAAACCUCCCGUCGACUGGCCGGCAAAGGGAUCGAUACGGUUCGAGCACUUUUCGCUGCGUUACUCGCCACAAUCCAAUUUGGUUCUGAGGGACCUCAAUAUGACGAUAGCGGCGGGCGAAAAGAUAGGAAUCGUCGGUCGCACCGGUGCAGGCAAAUCGUCCAUCAUUCAGGCACUGUUCCGGCUGGCGGUUAACGAAGGAAUAAUACGUAUCGAUGGCGUUGACAUUGGCACGCUGGGAUUGCACGAUCUGCGCAAACGGAUCUCCAUUAUUCCACAAGAUCCGAUUCUGUUUUCCGGCACGGUGCGAGAAAAUUUAGAUCCCUUCAAGCAGCACGGUGACGAUGCGCUUUGGAAUGCGCUGGAAUCUGUGGAACUGAAGGAGGUGGUUCGGGCGAUGGAGGGAACGCUGGAUGGUAAAAUGUCAGAUGGCGGUACAAACUUCAGCAUGGGUCAACGUCAGCUCGUGUGUUUGGCCCGCGCUAUUCUCCGUAGCAAUCCGAUCCUCAUUCUCGAUGAGGCUACUGCCAACGUCGAUCCAGACGAUCGUGUGCUGGUAAUGGAUGCUGGCAGAGCAGUCGAAUAUGCGCAUCCGUACGAGCUUUUGCAACGCUCCGAUGGCGUACUGAAGCGGUUAGUUAACAAAAUGGAAGAAUCUACCGCGCAACAACUAACCGGUAUAGCUUAUCAAGCUUAUACGAAACGAUUGACGCAACCGAUUGAUUCCGCACCGGACGGUUCCAGUACAGGUCGAUCAACCAACAUACCUCACUAG